GCGCCGUCUGAGGUCCUUCACUUCUUAAACUCUAUCUUCAUCUCUCGUAUCUCUUACUCACAAAAACCCUAAGACCUCCAAAACCCAAAGAUGAAUCGGGAGAAACUUAUGAAGAUGGCCGGUGCUGUUCGCACCGGUGGAAAGGGUAGCGUGAGGAGAAAGAAGAAGGCUGUCCAUAAGACAACCACCACAGAUGACAAAAGACUUCAGAGCACCCUUAAGAGAAUAGGGGUGAAUGCUAUUCCAGCAAUCGAGGAGGUCAACAUCUUUAAGGAUGAUGUAGUUAUUCAGUUCCUAAAUCCUAAAGUUCAAGCUUCUAUUGCUGCCAACACUUGGGUUGUUAGUGGUGCUCCUCAAACAAAGAAGUUGCAGGAUAUUCUACCUAGUAUUAUCAGCCAUUUGGGGCCAGAUAACUUGGACAACUUGAAGAAACUAGCAGAGCAGUUCCAAAAGCAAGCCCCUAAUGCUGGUGCUGGUGGAGCCACUGCCCCAGAAGAUGAUGAUGAUGAGGUCCCAGAGCUUGUUGCUGGGGAGACCUUUGAAGCUGCUGCCGAGGAGAAGGAUAAUAAGGAGGAUAAGGAGGAGAGUCAAGCUUCUUAGGAGAGAAUCAACUGCCUUGGAUUAUGUUAUUUAUAUACUUUCAAUGUGAAAGUUUUUUGAUUUUGCCUUUACAUUGUUAAGUCUGACCAUGUUUGAUUCGACCCUCCUUGUGAUACACUGGAUAGUUAUCUUUUAUCCGUGGUUUUAAAUCUAGUUUUACUAUUUUCUGA